CCAAGUUUGAAGGAUCUUCAUGACUUAGCGGGGAUUUUUCUCAUCGAACAAAAUGGAUUUCCCUGACCAUGUGGAGCUGGCCAUCAUAGGUGCCGGAUGGAAUGGCCUAGCAAUGGCAAAAACGUACCUUGAAUGCCACCCUAAUGCGAAGCUCAUUGUGCUCGACAAGGGAACCAGUAUUGGUGGCGUGUGGGCGAAGGACCGCUUGUACCCUCAUUUGAAAUCCAACAAUGUCAAGGGAAACCUCGAGUAUAGCGAUUUUCCGAUGGACCUAGAAAGGUUCGGCGUCAAGCCCGGUGAGCAUAUUCCUGGAGCUACUGUGCAUGAAUAUCUCUUUCAGUAUUCCAAGGAAUUUGGCAUAUAUUCAAAAAUCCGCCUCGGGGCUGUGGUCGGAGUGAUCGAGCGUUCCCUUACAGGAGGUUGGACCUUAAACGUGCAGUCUGGCAAAGACAGUGUUCAACAUCAAUUACAUGCAGACAAAGUGGUCUUUGCCACGGGGCUGACCUCCGAAGCUUGGAUGCCAGACUUUCAUGGACUGGAAAAUUACGCAUGUCCAGUGUAUCAUGUGAAAGAUCUGGCCCACAAUACAGACCAACUUUACCAAACGGCCCGAAACGUUACUGUUAUUGGUGGAACAAAGUCUGGAUGGGAUGCAGCCUAUACUUGUGCUAAUGCAGGGAUUCAUGUUGACAUGAUUGUUCGCAAGUCUGGCCAUGGCCCUGCGUGGAUGUCCUGGCCGAAAGUGACUCCCUUCAAGAUGUAUCUGGAGAAGCUCGUGCAUACGCGCUUCUUGACUUGGUUCAGUCCGUGUAUAUGGGGAGAUUUUGAUGGGUUUUCUUGGAUUCGAAAAUUUUUGCAUGGUACCAGAAUUGGACGAUUCUUUGUAGAUUCAUUCUGGACCAUAUUGAAUAAUGACCUCCUUCAGGGAGGCAAAUAUGACAAUCAUUCAGAAACGAAAAAGCUCAAACCCUGGAUCAGUCCAUUCUGGAUCGCUUCUUCGUUGAGCAUCUUCAACUAUGAUACCGACUUUUUCGAACUUGUCCGAAAUGGCAAGAUAAAUGUUCACAUUGAGGACGUGUCCGGAUUUGCAGAAAAGUCUGUUCAGCUAUCGUCAGGUGCAACUCUUAGCUCAGAUGCGCUAAUAUGUGCUACUGGCUGGAAACAUCGACCGCCAGUGAAAUUCCUGCCAUCAGAUAUUGAGCGCGAGAUUGGUUUGCCCAAGCGCCCAAGUUCCGAAGAUGAAGAGCUGGCCCAUGUUGCAGAUAAAAGAAUCUUAGAUCAAUUCCCUCGACUCAGAAAUCAGCCGAAUUCGAAUCCUGAAUAUAAGCCGAUGGAUGGCAGCGAACCAGCUGUAGAGCUUCACCCAUACCGACUGUAUCGUUUCAUGGUGCCUCCGGCAUUCGCUGACGACCGAAAUAUUGCAUUCAUGGGAGCAAUGCAAUCUAUCAGCACUGCGAUGAUCGCCCAAGUCCAGGCACUGUGGCUGACUGCAUAUUUAGACGGAACCCUCGACUUGGAAACCGAAACUUGGAAUGAUCGAGCUCAGGGCGAACCGACUUUGGCAGAGAAGAUUGUUCAGGAAACUUAUCUCGACUCUCAAUUUGGAAAAUGGCGGUGUCCGGGCGGAUAUGGAAACCAGUUUCCAGAUAUCGUUUUCGAUUGUCUGCCUUAUAUUGAUAUGCUCCUUCGCCAGUUGGGGUUGUCGUAUCAUCGCAAACGCAACCUUAUCGCAGAGGUUUUUGACAGUUACUCAACAAGUGAUUAUCGGGGGUUGGUUGAUGAAUGGAGAACUAAGGUUGGAAAAUGAUGCGACAUAUGAUUCUCAACUAUGCGGCAAAUAUUCUUUAUCUACAAGUUGCAAUCUGACUCGAAUCAGAACUCGCAUCUGCGACCACGAACCAAAAAAGAAGCCUAAAAUAGUACAGCAUUCAUGAAUAUGCUUGAUGAAUUCAGAAAAUUUUAAAGUCGAUGAAUGACAUGUCAUUUGGGAUAGUGACAUUAUAUCCCAAAAUGUAAGGAGUCGCAUUGAAUAAAGCUGAAGAACUUUCCUGGCAAUGAAAACGCGUCCAACAAAAACAAGCAGAAAGCUUUGAGCAUGGU